GCUCUGUCCCGGGCGCCCGCAGGAGCCUCCGCCGCGCUCUAUGCGCCUCUGCGGGCGCCGCGGGCCCGGGCCAUGGCGAUAGACCGGCGGCGCGAGGCGGCGGGCGGCGGGCACGGGCGGCAGCCUCCCCUGGCCGAGGAGAACGGCUCCCUGCCGCCCGGGGACGCGGCGGCCUCGGUGCCCCUCGGGGGACGCGCGGGCUCCAGCAGCGGCGGGGAGAUCCAGCCGCUGCCCGUCCCGCAUCCCGCCGGCGGCGGCCCUCAUUCGAGCUGCUGCUCGGCGGCGGCGGCCCCGAGCCUCCUGUUGCUGGACUACGACGGGUCGGUGCUGCCUUUCCUCGGGGGCCUGGGCGGGGGCUAUCAGAAGACCCUCGUGCUGCUCACCUGGAUCCCAGCGCUGUUCAUCGGCUUCAGCCAGUUCUCAGACUCCUUCCUCUUGGACCAGCCGAACUUCUGGUGCCGCGAGGCCGGCAAAGGCGCCGAGCUAGCCGGGGCCACUGCCACCGGCAGGUGGGGAGCCGGCGACGUGGCCAACUGGACCAGCCCCCCAACCGCCACUUUCUCCACUGCCGCCUGGGAGACCGCGGGCAACCUUAGCAACAUCAGCGGCGAGGACAGGGGCGACACGCCACACUUGCCGUCCCCUCCGGAAAACUGCAACUGCCACGAGUGGGACUAUGGCAUCCGCACAGGCCUCGUCCAAAACGUGGUCAGCAAGUGGGAUCUUGUGUGUGAUAAUGCCUGGAAGGUCCAUAUCGCUAAGUUCUCCUUACUGGUUGGAUUAAUCUUUGGCUACCUAAUAACUGGAUGCAUUGCUGACUGGGUCGGCCGGCGGCCUGUGCUGCUGUGUUCCAUCAUCUUCAUUCUGAUCUUUGGACUGACCGUGGCACUGUCAGUGAAUGUGACAAUGUUCAGCACGCUCAGGUUCUUUGAAGGAUUUUGCCUGGCUGGAAUAAUUCUCACCUUGUAUGCACUACGAAUAGAGCUGUGCCCCCCUGGAAAACGGUUCAUGAUCACGAUGGUGGCGAGCUUCGUGGCCAUGGCGGGGCAAUUCCUCAUGCCCGGGCUGGCCGCCCUGUGCCGGGACUGGCAGGUCCUGCAGGCCCUCAUCAUCUGCCCCUUCCUGCUCAUGCUGCUCUAUUGGUCGGUAUUCCCCGAGUCCCUCCGGUGGUUAAUGGCUACCCAGCAGUUUGAAUCUGCAAAGAAGCUGAUCCUCCACUUCACACAGAAGAACUGCAUGAACCCUGAGACUGACAUCAAAGGCGUGAUGCCAGAGCUGGAGAAAGAGCUUUCCAGGAGACCCAAGAAGGUCUGUAUCGUGAAAGUGGUGGGCACCCGGAACCUGUGGAAGAACAUCGUGGUCCUGUGUGUGAACUCGCUGACAGGAUACGGGAUCCACCAUUGCUUCGCAAGGAGCAUGAUGGGCCACGAGGUUAAGGUGCCACUGCUGGAAAACUUCUACGCUGACUACUAUACCACGGCCGGCAUUGCCCUGGCAUCCUGCCUGGCCAUGUGCGUGGUGGUCAGGUUCCUGGGGCGGCGAGGAGGGCUGCUGUUCUUCAUGAUCCUCACUGCCCUCGCCUCCCUCCUGCAGCUCGGGCUCCUCAACCUGAUUGGAAAAUACAGCCAGCAUCCAGACUCAGAGUUGCAGCUGAAGUUGGCCGUAGGUAUGAGUGACAGCGUCAAGGACAAAUUCUCCAUCACGUUUUCCAUUGUGGGCAUGUUUGCCUCCCAUGCGGUGGGAAGCCUCAGUGUGUUCUUCUGUGCAGAGAUCACCCCCACAGUAAUAAGGUGCGGCGGGCUGGGACUGGUGCUGGCCAGCGCGGGCUUCGGCAUGCUGACGGCACCCAUCAUCGACCUGCACAACCAGAAAGGCUACUUCCUGCACCACAUCAUCUUCGCCUGCUGCACGCUCAUCUGCAUCAUCUGCAUCCUCCUGCUGCCUGAGAGCCGGAACCAGAACCUGCCCGAGAACAUCUCCAACGGGGAGCACUACACGCGGCAGCCGCUCCUGCCGCACAAGAAGGGGGAGCAGCCCCUCCUGCUCACCAAUGCCGAGCUCAAGGACUACUCCGGCCUCCACGACGUGGCCGCUGCCUCCACUGCGGGGGACGGGCUGCCUGACAAUGCCAGGGCCAACGGCAUGAAGUCCUGUAGCUCUGGGCACGGCCUGCCCUGAAGGGGGCGCUGUGGGUUCCUAGAUUCAGGGGCUGUUUGGGCACAGGUUUACAGACAAGGACCUACACGUGGCUGGGACAAGAAAACCCAACUCUGACGCCGCGGAAUCGUGAGACUUUCAACUGGUGUGGGGAAAUUCUGUCUUUCCAAAACUCUAAGGAUUGUGGGUUUGAGGAAGCAAACUCUUUGAAAAUAACCCUUCAAAAACUUUCUUUUCUGCCAUUAAAUGUUUCUAUUUAUUUUGGUCAUUUUUACGAGAAGCACUUUAUUCCCUUUCCUCCACCUCCUUCAGAAGAGGGAGCCAGCUUCCCGAGGAGGAAGACGCUGUAAGUAACCAAGCACAGCGGCCAGCCGGCUCCCUGCAGGUCAGCCGGCCACUCUCACACUCUCACCCACAGUCCCUCAGAGCAACCAGAUGUCACCUGUGCCGGCCAGAGCUGCGUCCCAAGGCUGCCUGCCUGUGUACAGAGACCCAGCCCAUCAUGGAGCAGUUCCAUGACUGCAGUUUAGACAGAGUGAAAUGUAAAUGAUUAGGUUUUUGCUAGAGUCUGUGUAUGGUUUGUAAAGGUUUUUCUCUAUUUGUAAGGUCAAAGCUUCUGUUCCAUGUGUUGGGGGAAAGCUGAUCACAAACACCAUUAAAACCAGCUUAGUCUUUCUUUCGAGACCAUCCUUCUGUACUUGAUGCUAGAAGCUCUUUAGCAUAAAGCUUAAACAUUUCAGCCCAAAUCUCAAAUAAUUAGUGGUAGUGUCACCAGUUUUCUGACACAAGUUUGCCUAGUUAAGAUCACAACUAGCAAAUGUAUUGAGGUCUGAGACAUGUUAACGUUAUUAAUAUUCCUUUGCAGAUUUAGCUGCAGCAGAAAAGUUCCCUCUUCCACAGUACACAUGGCUACUUUCUGGACUAAAACCAAUAAGAAAAGAACUGAAAUAGAUGACUAAGUCAAACCCACAGAAGUAAGGGGUGCUCUCCCAAAUAUGGCCCGUCACCCACAUCUCGAGCACACACCAUGUAGAAAUCACCAGCUUGGAUGACUCUCAGCUCUCACUGACUUCACACUGAGGGACUGCAAAGCCUGUGGGAGACAGUCCCCCUCAUGCCUGCCUUUGCCUACUUCCUGUCACUUUUGUCAGCACAGAGGUGGGGCUUAGGGCAAGGAGUGGGGUUCUCACAGGUUAGUCCUCCAGCCUCUUAAAGCAUCAAGACCAAUUGAGAGAAAGCAAUAACUCACCAAAGUUUAACUCUUACCCCCAUUCCCAAUAUCCAAGGGUUUUCAUUGUGUUCUUCAUUUUAUUCCACACAGUAAAGGCUUCCUCUUGCCUUUUCACAUCAGGUUUUCUCCACCUGUCUGAGGCGUGUUUCAGAGGAAACUUGGAGGGCCUCCUCAAGGAAUCCCAGAGGGCCACUAAGAAACAAGCUUCAUUGGCACAGGCAGGCGCCACCGUGUAGCAACAUAGGCAUCUGAUAUUUUGGACAGCCUAGGUUCCUUCUAGGAUUGUCCACCUCCCACUUUGUGACAUGUACUUUGCCAUGGGCUGUGUUCUUCCAGGGAAAUCGUAGUCUCGGGUCUGUGUGACCUCCAGCUGACGGUUACUGGAACUCAAAGGGCCUAAAAACAGGUUGACUCAAGUUCCCUUUCUCCCCUUCUGCUUUCUACUUGUUCUGCUUGUCUCCACCCACUACUCUCCUCCAAAUCUGGUAGACAUCAACAGAAGCCUGCUGACUUGAUAAAAACAUUGUGAGGUGAAUAUGCUUGCAGGCAUGUGUGAUUCCAGUGAGUAAAGCACACUUUCUGUCUCUACAGCGGGGCCUGGGGUGCCCAGCCUCGUCCAAGGGCCGGCUGCCCAGGAAGGCAAGACAUCUGGCCAGUGUCCCCAGUUCCACCUGCCCCAAGCCCAGCUCAUCUUGUCUUCUGUCAUCUAAGUCACUUUUGUUCCAUGUUUCAAUGUUAGUCACAUUCACCUUACUUUAAAAAGGCCUUUACAAAUGUGCAGCCUUCGCGUGCCAAACUUGUGAAAUACCUUUUGCCUUCUUUAGAGUACUUGGUAGAAAGCCACCUGGCAGCAAGACCCAUUAAGUCCAGGACAUGACACAGGCAGCGGCCAAGCCAUUGGGCAGUUGGGGAAGGUGGGACGGAGCCAGUGAGGUCCUGGGCCCGCACCUGGCCAGGUACUUGUCUGCAUCCAUCACCCCAGCACUAGGACAUCUUACAGUCCCUUUACUGUACUACAGAAGGACUUGUGAGACCUUCUUUAAGAAACAUUGAAGGUGUGGCGUGCUGCUGGUAGUUAGGAAGACAGAGGCGAGGAACAGCACUUACAAACUCCUGCUCCCAAGUCUCUAAUCUCCAUCUUAAAUGACAAUAAAAAUACUGGUCCAAUGGAGACAGCAGUGUCACUUCAGCAAUCAGGACUAACUCCCGGAUGACCAGAAGAGAAGCCAGCUGUGAGGACUGGGUUCUUGGGACCAAGGUCUAGCAGAUGUGAACGAGGUUGACUUGCUGACAUUUUAUAGGUGACAUCUCUGGGCCAAGAGGUCUCACGGCUCUGCUUUCCCGGCAGCCUCAGGACUAGGCGGAACUCCCAUUCUGUUACUAGCUCACCUUGAGGAUAGCUGAAGCUCUUGAGGAACACCUUUAUGAAAUGUAGCCAAAGCAGAAAAGCUUCUCUGUGGGCUGAACCCCAUGAAAUCCUACACCAAGUGGGCAAGGCAGCAGGGGCCCACCAGAGCAUGACACAUGUUCGGUUCUGCCUUGCUCUGCGUGGGAGGGGUCUGCGGCCACCAGUGACCUAGCACCUGCUGGUCAUGCUUGGACUCCUCAGUCCUGUUUCCUUCAUGGUCAGGAGGGAAGUACUUCUCAGGCACCUGCCGUUUCCCGUCUGACCUCCCUACCACCUCCACCCCCGCUGUCCGGGGCAACAGUCCCAGGUAUGUGCUGCAGCUACUCUCCUCCACCAGCCACUCCUGCAUCUUGCUGUCCCAUCAGGGAGCUGUGAUACCUUUUCAAUAAAAGUUACGCACAAAUGUGAACACCUACGACAGGGCUGGAGAGCUCAUUUGUUCUUUUCCAGCAGUUAGUAAUAACUCUUCUCAAAUACCCUAUAUACUAGCACCCAAGACAAAUAAGAAAAAGUUUUAAAUGUUUUGUUUUCUAAAGUAUAAUCACUUGCAACUAGAGGAAAGGGGCUGGUAAGUUGUUUUGAUUACAACAGGAAGCAAACAUAAACCUUGUAAAGGAAGUAUUGCACUCAAACAUUACCACUUCCUAGAGCCAAACAAGAAAUGACUGAAGUGCCAUUAAAUGAACUGUGUGACCAUCACAUCGCCCAGCCCCUCGGUGGCACACGUGCUGGGGCAGGCCUACACUUCAACCCUUUCCUUUAAAGGACACCUCACUUUAAUGUAUUGUUUUGGAAAAGCAGCACAGUGUGUUAUGUCUAGUGGGAAUACUUCCCUCCCCCUGUCUCUCUACAGCCCCAACAUUUGAGGUGUCUAGUAAGAACCGUGUUACUAUACAUGUCACCUGGGAUCGCUCUGGAGGUGCUCACUCAUAGCACAAGCAUAAAUAGAGUUCUGAAUUGUCGUUCAAAGCUAAUGUCUGCAUGAUGUCGCAUCUGUUGUACCUUUGGGGAAAAUUUGUGUGUAAAUGUACAGAAAUAAAAAUGUUGCCCCAUUAACAAAUUUCCUCUGCAAUGUCUUCCCUACCUCAUCUGAUGGUAUCCAAUGAAGGGCAUUUCACGACCAUUGACUACAAGUAAUAAAAACUGUUUAUUCAGCUCUUGCUGCGUCCCUACUUUGGCGCCUCUGUAAACCGAGUCUCCGCUCAGCCUGGGAAUGAUGGAUGGUCUCGCAUCUGAUUGCACAGUCCUAGUCUUAAAGGCAGGCAGAGGCAGACAUAGGAUUAAACAUACACUGUUUAUUUAGUGCCCUUCUCAGCCCCCUGAGAAAUGGGCCAUCAGUAAGUUUAAGAGUUCUUUUCUCUUGUAUAUUGAUGUCCUGCUAAUCCAUGGCCCGCAAGUUCCUAGAGAGGUCAAGAAAUUAUUAUCUUACACUGUGACUCUGUGAGGAAAGACUGAUAACCCAAAAUGCUCUUCUUUAAUGUAGUAUUUUUUAACAAGAAAAUGUUUCUCUAAUAAAGCAUUUAUACCAAA